AUGGCAUCGAAAAUGUUUAGAACAAGCAGAUCAUCCAUGUCAACCUCAUCUGAUGCACCUGAUGGCCAGAAGCCUCCUUUACCUCCAAGUGUACAAUUUGGCAGGAGAACUUCCUCAGGUCGCUAUGUGAGUUACUCUAGAGAUGAUCUUGACAGUGAGAUAGGGAGUACCGACUUCAUGAAUUAUACAGUGCAUAUACCACCUACCCCAGAUAACCAACCUAUGGAUCCAUCAAUCUCACAGAAAGUUGAGGAGCAAUAUGUGUCAAAUUCACUUUUCACAGGCGGAUUCAAUAGCGUUACUAGAGCCCAUCUAAUGGAUAAGGUGAUAGAAUCUGAAGCAAAUCAUCCACAGAUGGCUGGUGCAAAAGGAUCUUCAUGUGCAGUUCCUGGUUGUGACUCUAAGGUGAUGAGUGAUGAACGUGGUGCUGAUAUUCUUCCCUGUGAAUGUGAUUUUAAGAUAUGUAGAGAUUGUUAUAUAGAUGCGGUAAAAACAGGAGGUGGGAUGUGCCCAGGAUGCAAGGAGCCGUAUAAGAACACAGAACUAGAUGAAGUCGCUGUAGAUAAUGGGCGUCCUCUUCCACUUCCUCCACCAAGUGGAAUGUCUAAAAUGGAGAGGAGAUUGUCGUUGAUGAAGUCAACCAAAUCAGCGUUAAUGAGGAGCCAAACUGGAGACUUUGAUCAUAAUAGGUGGCUCUUUGAAACAAAGGGGACCUAUGGCUACGGCAAUGCUAUAUGGCCAAAGGAAGGUGGUUUUGGAAAUGAGAAAGAGGAUGAUGUUGUUGAGCCAACUGAACUGAUGAACAGACCUUGGAGACCACUUACCAGGAAACUCAAGAUACCUGCUGCUGUUUUGAGCCCAUAUCGUCUUAUCAUUUUUAUUCGGUUGGUUGUCUUGGCACUGUUCUUGGCAUGGAGGAUCAAACACCAAAAUACUGAUGCAGUAUGGCUAUGGGGUAUGUCUGUUGUUUGUGAGAUAUGGUUUGCUUUUUCCUGGCUUCUGGAUCAAAUGCCCAAACUAUGCCCAGUGAAUCGAUCCACGGAUCUCAAUGUUCUGAAGGAGAAAUUUGAAACACCCACCCCUCACAAUCCAACUGGAAAAUCUGAUCUUCCAGGCAUAGAUAUCUUUGUUUCUACUGCUGAUCCUGAGAAAGAACCACCUCUUGUAACUGCAAACACUAUCUUGUCUAUUUUAGCUGCCGAUUACCCUGUCGAGAAGCUUUCUUGUUAUGUCUCUGACGAUGGAGGUGCACUUCUAACUUUUGAGGCAAUGGCCGAAGCUGCCAGCUUUGCUAAUGCAUGGGUUCCCUUCUGUCGUAAACAUGAUAUAGAGCCCAGGAAUCCUGAAUCGUACUUCAACUUAAAGAGAGACCCUUACAAAAACAAAGUGCGGCCUGAUUUUGUCAAGGAUCGCAGGCGAGUAAAGCGUGAGUAUGAUGAAUUCAAGGUUAGGAUCAAUGGGCUGCCUGAUUCUAUCCGUCGCCGGUCAGAUGCCUAUCACGCAAGAGAGGAAAUCAAGGCUAUGAAAGUUCAGAAACAAAACAGGGAAGAUGAGCCUUUAGAAACUGUAAAGAUUCCUAAAGCGACAUGGAUGGCUGAUGGAACUCACUGGCCAGGAACUUGGUUGAGUCCUACAUCCGAGCAUUCUAAGGGUGACCAUGCUGGUAUAAUUCAGGUUAUGCUGAAACCUCCCAGCGAUGAACCGCUUCCUGGAAGUGCUGAUGAUACAAGUCUCAUUGACCUGACUGAUGUUGAUAUUCGUCUUCCCCUUCUUGUUUAUGUUUCUCGAGAGAAGCGCCCAGGCUAUGAUCACAACAAGAAAGCCGGUGCCAUGAAUGCCUUGGUUCGAGCUUCAGCAAUAAUGUCCAACGGUCCAUUUAUACUCAAUCUUGACUGUGACCACUAUAUCUACAACUCAAAGGCAAUGAGGGAAGGCAUGUGCUUUAUGAUGGAUCGCGGAGGUGACCGCCUUUGUUAUGUCCAGUUCCCCCAGAGGUUUGAAGGGAUUGAUCCCUCUGAUAGAUAUGCGAAUCAUAAUACUGUCUUCUUUGAUGUCAACAUGCGAGCCCUUGAUGGACUUCAGGGGCCGGUGUAUGUGGGAACAGGGUGCCUUUUCAGACGGAUUGCACUGUAUGGUUUUGACCCACCCCGUUCUAAGGAGCACCACGCAGGUUGUUGUAAUUGUUGCUUUGGUCGUCAGAAGAAGCAUGCAUCAAUGGCAAGCACCCCAGAAGAGAACCAUGCGCUGAGAAUGGGUGAUUCUGAUGACGAGGAAAUGAAUCUAUCAUUGUUCCCUAAGAAGUUUGGAAACUCAACUUUCCUCAUUGACUCAAUUCCGGUGGCUGAGUUCCAAGGCCGGCCGCUGGCUGAUCACCCUGCCGUGAAGAAUGGACGCCCACCUGGUGCUCUCACGAUACCCCGCGAUCUUCUUGAUGCAUCGACAGUGGCGGAGGCCAUCAGUGUUAUCUCCUGUUGGUACGAGGACAAGACUGAGUGGGGAAACCGUGUUGGAUGGAUCUAUGGAUCUGUGACAGAGGAUGUGGUGACUGGGUAUAGGAUGCACAAUAGGGGAUGGAAAUCAGUUUACUGCGUGACGAAGCGCGACGCCUUCCGAGGAACUGCUCCCAUCAAUCUCACUGACAGGUUGCAUCAGGUCCUUAGAUGGGCUACUGGCUCAGUCGAAAUCUUCUUCUCUCGAAACAACGCCCUCCUGGCUAGCCCAAGAAUGAAAUUUCUUCAAAGAAUUGCAUACCUCAAUGUUGGAAUCUACCCCUUCACAUCCAUAUUCCUAAUUGUCUACUGUUUCCUUCCUGCACUGUCUCUUUUCUCUGGCCAGUUCAUUGUUCAAACCCUCAACGUCACUUUUCUUUCGUACCUCCUGGGCAUCACUGUGACUUUGUGCAUGCUUGCAGUGCUUGAAAUUAAGUGGUCUGGCAUUGAGCUGGAAGAAUGGUGGAGAAAUGAGCAGUUCUGGCUGAUUGGAGGCACCAGUGCCCAUCUUGCUGCUGUGCUUCAAGGUUUGCUCAAAGUCAUAGCAGGGAUUGAAAUCUCAUUCACCUUGACUUCAAAAUCAGGUGGUGAUGAUGUAGAUGAUGAAUUUGCUGAUCUCUAUAUUGUGAAAUGGACAUCCCUUAUGAUACCACCUAUCACAAUUAUGAUGGUUAACUUGAUAGCAAUAGCAGUUGGUGUUAGCAGAACCAUAUACAGUGUGAUACCACAGUGGAGCCGUCUACUAGGUGGUGUUUUCUUCAGUUUUUGGGUCCUGGCUCAUCUCUAUCCCUUUGCAAAAGGUUUGAUGGGAAGAAGAGGAAGGACACCAACCAUAGUUUUUGUAUGGUCAGGCCUCAUAGCAAUCACAAUUUCUCUCCUCUGGGUGGCCAUCAACCCCCCUGCUGGUUCUAACCAGAUUGGAGGCUCAUUCCAGUUCCCUUGA